UUAUCUACAUUAUCCAUAUCCACAUGGUCGGCUCUAUUUAUUCGUAAGAAUAAACAAUUUUGUUACUGUAAUACUGGAUUCCUUGUACUUGCCGUUCUUUUCAUCACUUUUCAUCGUCAGAUUGCAAACCAAAUUACGCUUCGAUUUUCAGUCUCAAAAAAAAAAAUGACAAUGAAACGAACUUUGUCAACAAAAAAAAAUAUUGAAAAAAAGCAAAAACUUAAUACUGAAGAUACAAUUGACUAUACUAAAUCAUUAACAUCUGAAGAUGCUGAAACAAUUGACCCGGGAUUUGAAGAAUUAGAUAAUGUUGAUAAUCCUGUACAAAUAAAAACUCAAGCAAAUAAGAAAAAAGUACCUAAAACUGACAAAGAGAAUAAAUCAUCCAAGAAAAUUAAAGGAAAAUCAAAUACUAAAAAUGAUGAUAAGCCUACUGAAAAACCUAAUUGGAAAGAGUUUAAAAAGGAAAAACAAGAACUUCGACUUAAACGUAAAACACAAAAAUGUCCAUUUUAUGAAGCUGUUGUGAAAGCUAAGAAGCUCUGGGAAAGUGUGCGUCGUGAUGAUUGUCCUAAAGAUGAAAAAGAAACCUUAUUGAAUGAACUUUUUAAAUUCUCCAAAUCCCAUUUAGAAACAAUGGUUUUUUCACAUGACACUGCUCGUAUAGUUCAAUGGAUGUUGAAACUAGGAACACCAGAGAUUCGUUCACAAGUCAUAAAUGAACUAAUAAAACAUGUUCCUAAAAUGUUACUUUCUAAGUAUGCUUGCUUAUGUGUAAAAAAUAUGUUGAAACAAGGUGAUGCAGAACAACGUAAAAUUAUAAUUAAUUCCUUGAAAGGAAAAGUCUAUACAUAUACAUUACAUACAAACUCUGCUAAGAUCAUGGAUUUGAUUUACACGACUUAUGCAACACCAGAACAGCAGAAUACAAUGAUGCAUGAGUUAUACGGUGCAUCUAGUAUCUUAUGCGAAUCACCCAAUGUAUUAUCAUUUGCUGAAGUAUUGAAAAAUUCGCCCAACACAAAGGACAUUAUACUUGCAAAGACAAAAGAUCACAUUAAGAAAUUUGUUUUAAAACAAAAGACUUCUAUGCAGACAACAUUAGUUCAUAAUUUAAUAUAUGAAUACAUUUUAUAUACUUCUGGAAAGGACUGUGAUGAACUAUUCACUUCACUUAAAGAAUUUCCAAUAGAACUAUUUUAUACAUCAAAAAGUGGUUGUCUUCUUGCUAUGUACAUUAUAUGGUCUGCAAACUCUAAGGAAAAAAAGGUCAUAUUGAAACAAAUCAAGACUACUGCGUCUACACGUGAUUUGGCUACAUCAGAAUAUGGAUAUUUAAUUUUAUUAGCUCUUUUCGAUUCUGUUGAUGACACAGUGCUAGUAAAAAAGACAAUUAUUCCUGAAAUUUUAAAUAAUAUUGAUACAAUUGCAACUGAUGAAUAUGGCCGCAGGGUUAUAUUAUCAUUGGUAGCUUGGAGAGAUUCUUCAUACUUUCAUCCUCGGGAUAUUGAACUAUUAAAAAAAGGAGAACCAAUGAAAGAAUGCAAAAAAGAUGAUGAUGUGCGAGUAAAAGAACUCUUAAAUGCAGUUUCCGACCGUUUUCUACAGCACAUACAAGAUAAUCCAAACUUUUGGUUAAGUAGUGGGUCAAUUGCAAUGGUGUUAUUAGGAAUCCUAAAAUCAGGCAGUGGAGAAAAAUUGAAAGAAGCAAUGACAUCUAUAGCAAACUAUUUAAUUGAUCCUAACAAUAAAGUAGAAGAUAAAGAUGUAAAAGUUCCUGUGUAUGAACACUCUGGUCUUCAUAUGGUAUUAAGGAAGAUAAUAGGUCAUGAUAAGAGUUUAGUGGAAAAUAACGAAACUACAUUUUCUGAAAUAUUGUCAUCUAUAAUUACUACUGACACAUUAAAAUCAUGGGUUCAAUGUAACCGUGCCUGUUUUUUACUUAUUGCAAUGAUUGAAUCCGAAGUCAAGUUGGCUUUAGAAAAUAUAAAAUCAUUGAUGUCAACAACAAUGAUGAAUUUGUUGAAGAAACAAACAUUUUCUGGGGCUAAAAUUUUAGUGACUAAGUUAAACUCCAAAGCAGCCAAGGAAUAAUUUACUUUUUGAAAAAUGUUUUAAUUUUAGACAUUAAACAAUUAAAAAAGUGUGUACAAUACUUACAAGAGAUAGAGAUAUUUAUUUUUAAAGAUACAAAAAUGAAUUAUCUCUUUACUAUUAUCUGCAAUUUGUAUCCACAAUAAAAACAAUUUUUUUGGUGGA